GUAGUAUGUGUGUGAAGAGGGCGCUCUAUUAAUUAAACUUGUUUUUGUUUUUUUUUUAUUUUUUAUGUCAACAGACAAAAAUAAGCAAAAAUAUUUAUUUUUAUUAUUAGAAAAAAUGACAAUAAUUAUAGUUAAUGAUUGUAAAAUUAACAAGAACAAUUGACAGUGGUUGGAGAAUAAUUUAAUGAAGGAAAAACAUAAACAAGGAUGAAUUUUAUUUAUGAGUUUCUAAGAAAUAUUAUCACAACAAUGUUACAAUUAAUAUGGUCAAGUAAAGGAAAAAUAACAAAUUCAUUGAGUAUUUAUGUUAAAACAAAUACUGGAAACACACUGACUGUUAAUCUAGAUCCAAAAUGGGAUAUUAAAAAUGUCAAAGAGAUAGUAGCUCCACAAAUGGGUAUAUCACCAGAAGACGUUAAAAUAAUAUUUGCUGGUAAAGAAUUGCAUAAUUCAACAAUAAUAGAGGAAUGUGAUUUGGGUCAACAAAGUAUACUACAUGCUGUUAAAAUGCCAAAGAAAAAGUUAAAAAAACCAAAAAUAACAAUUGAUGAGUUAUCAGAAGUAUCAGAGUUAAAUGAGAGUGGAAGUAAACCAAUGAAUGAAACAUUGAGUGAUUUAUCAUUUGAUGAUUCUAAUAAUACAAUUGAUGAUGAUAAAAAACGUGCACAUUUUUAUAUUUAUUGUUCAAAACCAUGUAAGAAUGUUGAAGCUGGUAAAUUACGUGUUAAAUGUAGCUUAUGUUCAAGUGGUGCUGUAACUGUUGAUAGAGAUCCACAAUCAUGGCAAGAUGUAUUAAAAAAAAAUCGUAUAACAGUACAUUGUGAAAAUGAUUAUUGUCAAUCAGCUCAAUCAAAUACACAAGAUGACAUUCAAUUAUCAUAUGCAAAAUUUUUUUUUAAAUGUUCAAAUCAUCCAAGUCUUGGUGAAAAUGAUGAAGCAGUACCACUUUAUUUGAUAAAACCAAAUUUUAAAAAUAUACCAUGUCUUGCUUGUACUGAUAUUAAAGAUACAGUAUUAGUAUUUUCAUGUGAAUCAUCACAUGUUACAUGUAUUGAUUGUUUUAAAGAAUAUUGUUGUGUUAAAUUAUCAGAACGUCAAUUUGAAUUUGAUGAUAAAUCUGGAUACUAUACAUUACCAUGUCCAGCUGGUUGUGAUAAUUCAUAUAUAAAUGAAGUUCAUCAUUUUAGACUACUUGAUAAUCGUCAGUAUGAACAGUAUCAAAGAUUUGGAGCUGAAGAAUAUGUUCUUCGAGCUGGUGGUUUAUUAUGUCCACAGCCUGAUUGUGGAAUGGGAAUAAUUCCAUCAAAUUCUGAUGAUGUUGAUGAUGAUAAUUGCAGAAAAAUUCAAUGUAUUGGAGGAUGUGGUUAUGUUUUUUGUAAAAAAUGUUUAAAUGGUUUUCAUCUUGGUGAUUGUGAUAGUCAACAGCCAGUUGCUUCAAGUUCACAAUCAAAAUUUGGUGGAUAUUCUGUUGAUCCAAAUAGAGCCAAAGAUGCCACUUGGAGUGAAGCAACAAAAAGAACAAUUCAAAAAUCAACAAAACCUUGUCCAAAAUGUAGAACUCCAACUGAACGUGAUGGUGGAUGUAUGCACAUGUUUUGCACAAGAGCUGGAUGUAAUUUUCAAUGGUGCUGGGUUUGUCAAACUUCUUGGUCUAGAGAUUGCAUGGGAAAUCAUUGGUUUGGCUAGUCAAAAUAUAUAUAGUCAUAUAAAUAAUAAAACUAAAUUCUAUUUUUUAAAUAUAUAUAUACAAAUCAAUUUAAAUUUAAACAAAAAUAAAGCAACUAUUUAAUUAAACAAAAUAUAAUCUUUUUUUUUUAAUUUUUAUUUCAUGCAAGACGUCUUAAAAAUCGCUUCAAGUUGAUCAAUCAAUUUACAUCCAGCUAAUUCUCUCAACAACUUGAAUUAAUAUUUUGAUUUACAAAAAAAAAAAAAAAAAAUA